CUGCGGACAGGUGUGCGCAAGUAUAGAGUGGUGUUCAAGCACCCAAGCUGAUCGGUCGGUUACGUGUGCGAAUUAAAUUCAUUUGAAGUGGCUGCUUGUCCGACAACGAGAAGACACAGAGGCGUGGUAAUUUCGGUUAGCGAACGGGGUCGCUCGAAAUUUGGUUGGUGAACAAUUACGUUGAAUACGGGUGCAUAUGCAGGUAGCAUCGCUGGCGCUUGUAGACUUGACAUAACCAGACUUGACUCGAUUGACACUGACAUAAACCAGUAGGAGGUGAAGCGGGCACAGAACUGGAAGCAAUACUCGGCGCGACAUCAGAAUCUAGCGACAGCGCUGAGCCUCCGAAAAAUAAUACAGAACGAACAUUCAGAGAUGGUGUUCGUAAAAUCGAUUUCAUCCUAGUGGUGAAAGACGAGGAAAAUAUUAUGAGUGACACAUUGAAAUAUAAUUUUCUCACAAACAUUGUUAAAACUGGCUUUGAAAUUGAAUUUGAAAAUGGUGUAUUGCCAAUACACAGGAAGCUAGUAUUUUUUAAAAUACAUUGCCCGAAUGAUGUUCUCAAUAAUUUGGGAAAAGCUUUUGGGGUAAAAUGCGUUCAGAGUGCUCGAUCCGAAUACAUAAUGUCACACAAAGAACGCGAGUGGAUAAAUUUAAUAAGAAAGGAGUACACACAACCAUUACAAUACUCAAGCUUGGAGAGAAGCCUCGUAGUUUAUAUGGCAUUGCUGAACGUUCCAUUUGGAGACAGACAAAACUAUAUAGGGCUGAAAAGGCUAAUGAAACGCAAUAUUGUGGUAGAUGCAUACGCGUUGCAUGACGGACCGUACUACAUUCCACAAGACGCUUCUAGAAUUAAUGCUCGUCAGAUCCUGUUUUAUAAUUGGGCCGGUAUGACAAAUAUAUUUACUAGACAGCCAUUAACCUUGGUGCAUGAAUACUUCGGACUCAAGGUUGCCCUGUACUUCGCUUAUUAUGGACUUUACAAUAUUUUUCUAGCAAUUGCAUCCAUGGUGGCACUUUUAACAUUCUUCUUAGCUAUAUAUAGUAAUGACUACAUGGAUUUGAGAAGACCGGUAUGUGACAAUAAAUAUAACCCAAUUUGCUUCAAAUGCGUUGCGACUUCGGCGCAAUCAUUAUUGUGUCAAGCUUACUAUGUUCAUGACUUUUGUAAAUGGUAUACAAUGACUGUCAUAUUCGAUAAUAAGUAUACACCGUACUUCGCAACAUUCAUCCUGCUCUGGGGUAUGAUUUUCUCAGCUUACUCGUUUGGAAAUGAAAAAUAUUUGAACUGGAUAUGGGAAACGCAUAAUAAGGACUACAAUAGUAAACAAAUAAGACCUGACUUCCAGGUUCUAGAAAAAACGAACAAAUCAAAUAAAACAGGCAUUGUCGUUGUCAAGCAUCGCGAAUCUAAAAUAAAAAUCUUAUUAUGUUACAUUGGUAUCAUUUUAUUGGAUGUAUUAGUUUUUGCUGUUUUUACACAUCGAAAAACGUUGUUACAAAUUAUGCCAGACCGAAUUAUGUCGGUGACCAUUGUUGUCACGAUUGAACUCAUCAUAGCUCUCUAUGUCAUUGAUCUCAUUCAUAGAAAGGUGGCGAGUUAUAUUGUUCGAUUGGAAAAUCAUAAAUCCUACAUGUCGUACAGCCGGUCCCUUGCAAAACACAUUUAUGUAAUGUGUUUCUCUCUGCCUAUGAUAGUACUUGGAUACUAUGCAUUUCAAAUGGCAGUUUUUGAAUUUCUACUGUGGCGAGGUUACAAAUACAAAUAUGAAUAUCUGUUUGAUGAUACGUGCGCGAUGACAUCGUGCAGCAACAAUCUUUCCAUUGCAUUUACAAUUAUUCUACUUCUAAGAUUUGGCAUAUUGAGAAAAUUGUCACUUUACUCAAGUGUGACUGAUUAUAAUCAACGAGAAAUAGUCCAAAACGUUCCAUGCUGGGAGAGAGAAAUAGUUUUACCUCGAUUGAAUGAAAACAUUUUAGCAAACAAAAUGGCAACUCUUGUAACGCAGUUCACCUUGAUAAUCGCCUUUGGCUUUUCAUGUCCACCCGCUAUAUUUAUUGUAUUGCUGUUCAACAUCUACCACAUCAGACGUGACGCAACAUUAUUUACACUUCACUAUCGCAGACCAUUGCUUUUAACAAACAGAGCCUUUAAUGUAUGGACGGAAAUUUUAAAACUUAUGGUUUAUUUAGCCAUUAUUGUAAACGUUGUGUCACUAGUAUGCUCCACAGAUACUAUCGAAUCAUAUUUACGUGAGCGCAGAAUGCCGCCCAUUGAUUCACUUGAUCAAUAUUUUAAGACCUUUUUUUACCACCUUGUUAUGGGAAAGGUGCAAUGUCAAGUGCGUGCAUACAUUUAUGUAGCUAAAUCUUCUGCAUCACAUUCAGCAAAGGAUUUAUCUGCCGACGAAUUAAAGACUUGUCAAUAUAUGUACAUAUUUACUUUUGAGAUUGUCAUGGCAGCAAUAUACCUAAUAGUUCAAUAUAUAUUUUCAAACAACGCUGACGAAAAGGAAAUACCUAAAAAACAAAACCAAGAAAAUUAUGAUAACUAACUAAAGAUAUUGAGUGCAGAAAUAUGUCUUCUAAAAAUUAUUGUUAAGAUUGUUAUACAGUAAAAACCUGAAUAUUAAAUGUU